AUGAGCUUCUCAGUAUCACCAAUGAACCUAAGCUUCGAAUCGAUUAAUUCUCUUGCAAUUAACAACACUUACCACUACAACAAUAGCAACGAAUUAUACAACAACGAAAGCACCAUCAAUGCAUCUUCUUACCACUCCACAAAUACCCACAACAACAACUAUCACAUAAUCAACAAAAUGCUGGAAAUACACAAUACCAGCACAGCUCUGCUGAAUGCCACCAAUCCAAGCCUAACCAAUUCGGAGUAUGAGCAAUUCGAGGAAAUGGAUGAACUAUCACCAGAAUUGCGAAAUUUCGUACGCAUUGUUGUACCCUUCUGUUUUGGCAUUUUUGCGCUGACCGGCUUCUUUGGCAACACACUUGUCAUACUGGUCGUUGUCUUCAAUCAGCAAAUGCAUUCCACAACAAAUCUGCUGAUCGUCAAUUUGGCUGUGGCCGAUCUGCUGUUCGUUGUUCUCUGCAUACCGUUCACUGCAACCGAUUAUAUAACCGAGUAUUGGCCCUUCGGUGAUAUAUGGUGUCGUUCGGUGCAAUAUUUGAUUGUGGUAACCGCAUUUUCCAGCAUCUAUACGCUGGUACUGAUGUCGAUCGAUCGUUUUUUGGCUGUUGUGCAUCCGAUACGUUCACGCCAAUUGCGCACCGAGAAGGUGACAAAGAUUGCAAUUGCAAUGCUGUGGGUGAUUAUUCUAACGAUUUCCACACCAGUGGCGUUGGUGCAUGGCUUAGCGGAAUUGGAACCAUAUCCGAAUGUCACCUACGUAUUUUGUACAUUUUCGGAAAACAAUACGCUCAUCACCCUAAGCAACUAUCAAAUAAUAUUUUUCGCCGGCUCCUAUCUGCUGCCGCUAAUGGCAAUCAGUGGUCUAUAUGUGCGUAUGAUUAUGCGUCUUUGGCAUCAGGGUAAUGGCGUACAAAUGUCAGUGAAAUCGCAGCGUGGCCGCAAACGUGUUACACGUCUAGUUGUGGUUGUGGUUGUGGCAUUCGCUUCACUUUGGCUGCCCGUACAGUUGAUUCUGCUGUUAAAAGCGCUCGAGGUGUAUCAUUCGAAUACGAAAACCAAACUUUUGCUGCAAAUCAUCGCUCAAACGCUGGCCUACAUGAGCUCGUGCAUAAAUCCCGUAUUGUAUGCCUUCCUCUCGGAUAAUUUUCGCAAGGCUUUCUAUAAGGUGAGUAUAUAUAAAUACUUAUAUAUGUAUGUACAUUAGACCACCUCAAAAAUAAAAAAUAAA